AUGCCUGGAAUGGGGACAUACAUAAAGGCCAUCUCGGCAGGCGCAGUACUCGUUAUCGGAGGCCCGGCACUGGUCAUGUGGGUGACGCCGACCGAGGAAGAGAUAUUCAAGGCCUACAGCCCUGAACUCCAGAAGAAGGCACUGGCCAACAGGGAACAGCGCCAGAAGGACUUCGAUGGCUUUGUGAACCAGCUGAAGGACUUGUCCAAGUCAGAGAAGCCGAUUUGGAUCGCACAGAAAGAGCACGAUGCCAAGCGAUCGUUGGCAGAGCAGCAGCGACUGAGGGAGGAGAGAGACGCGUAUGCAGCGGAUAGCAGAAGACUGCAGCAAGAGAUCAGGAACGCUUCGCAAUGA